AUGGUGUUAUCCUUUUAUGGGUUGCUUGAAGCCGCUCUUCUAAUCCUUAAUGGAAUCGCGGUCCUUCAUCGUGACCGUUUCUUGAAAAAGUACGGCUUAGCUGCCCCCGUACAUUCAUUCGAUAGUCAGCCUACUGUGAAGACACAAUUGAUAAAUUUAAUUUUAGCCGUACAAACUGUGAUGAGAAUGCCGUUAAUCGCUAUAAAUCUUGUUGUGAUCGCGUUCAAGCUUGUAUUGGAUUUUUAA